ACUAUUUUCUUAGCAAAGGGAUGGAGGAGGAAGAAGAAUAGGAGCGUGUUUGGCAGCUGAAAUUUGCUAGCCACCCCAGAACAAAGCAGAGCGUUCUGCAAACUUUCCUCCGGUUGCUCAGCUACGAUGCCUGCCUUGCUCUCUCCAGAGCUGCAGAGAUGAUCUCUGGCCUCAGAUCCUGGUGGGAAGGUUUUCUCAGGAGGAGAACUCGUUUUCUGCCAUGUUUCCAGAUGCUGUUAACAUGGUUUGGGGAUUGCCUAAUAUAAACAUCUGUGAAAUUGCCACCACCCGCCCCUGGUCAGAGGAUCUGGCUUUGGAGCUUAAGGAUUCCAGAUGUGCCUGCCUGAUGCCAAGCCGAAAACAGAAAGAGGAGCCGAGCCGAUGAGAUGGAUGUUCCGGCCGUGCUUAGGUCCCGGUAAUUGGGGACACGUGGGGGACUGCACUCUGUUUUCUUUUGAGGGGUUGUUCUUGCCUUAGCGGUGGAGCGUUGCUAGGUUCUCAAAUAUAUAUUUGCCAUCCGCUGUCCUGCAUGUGCCACUGACUGCGCUGCAGCCCAGAUGCUGCUGAAAGACCGUUUGUCAAAUGGAAACCACAAGAGACAGAAGUUUUGGCAACUCCGAGUUAUAAAUGAUUAGCCCCUAUGACAAACAUGAGCUGGAGUUUCCUCACCCGCCUGCUGGAAGAAAUCCACAAUCACUCCACUUUCGUGGGGAAGAUCUGGCUGACGGUCCUGAUCGUCUUCCGCAUCGUCCUGACGGCCGUCGGGGGCGAGUCCAUCUACUCGGAUGAGCAGAGCAAGUUCACCUGCAACACCAAGCAGCCCGGCUGCGACAACGUCUGCUACGAUGCCUUCGCCCCGCUGUCGCACGUCCGCUUCUGGGUCUUCCAGAUCAUCAUGAUCUCCACCCCUUCCGUCAUCUACUUGGGCUACGCCAUCCACAGGAUCGCCAGGUCCUCCGAGGAGGAGAAGAAGAGGUUCCGGGGCUUCAAGAAGAAGAAGCAAUUCGCACUCAACUGGCAAGCCGUCCGCAACCUGGAGGACCCCCUGGGAGCUGAGGAGGAAGAGCCCAUGAUAGUGGAUGAUGUGGCGGAAAGCGAAGAGAAGGUCAAGACGAAGGAGGAGAAGAAGAAGGAGCAGCAGCAGAAGAAGCACGACGGCAGGAGACACAUUCAAGAGGAGGGCUUGAUGAAGAUCUACGUCUUCCAGCUCCUCACCAGAGCCUCUUUCGAAAUCUGCUUCUUGAUAGGGCAGUACAUGCUCUAUGGCUUCGAGGUCACGCCCUACUACCUUUGCACCCGGCAGCCGUGCCCCCACGACGUCGACUGCUUUGUCUCGAGGCCGACGGAGAAGACCAUCUUCCUCCUGGUGAUGUAUGUCGUCAGCUGCCUCUGCCUGCUUCUCAACGUGGCCGAGAUGUGCCAUCUGGGCAUCGGCACCAUCCGCGACGCCAUCCACGACCGGAAGGUGCACAGCUUCCGCCAGCCGCCCUACAAUUAUGCCGCCUACCCGAAGAACAUCUCCUGCCCCCCGGAAUACAACCUGGUGGUCAAGUCGGACAAGCAGGCCAAGGUCCCCAACAGCCUGAUGGCUCAUGAGCAGAACUUGGCCAACGUGGCCCAGGAGCAGCAGUGCACCAGCCCCGACGAGAACCUCCCGCCGGACCUGUCCACGCUCCACAAACACUUGCGGGUGGCUCAGGAGCAGCUGGACAUUGCUUUCCAGAGCUACAACCACACGCAGGCGAACGGGCAGCCGUCCAGAACCAGCAGCUCGGCUUCCGGCGGGAUGGUGGCAGAGCAGAACCGGGCCAAUACCGCGCAGGAGAAGCAAGGCGCUAAGCCCAAAGCCAGCUCAGAGAAAGGUAGCUCAAACGGCAAGGAUGGGAAGAACUCCGUGUGGAUCUAAGAAGGUAUAUAGCCUGACGACGACGAGGUGGGGGUGGCUUCUCUGUCGGGAACGGAACCGGCCCCAAGACGGCGCUAGCAAUGGGGUUCUUUUUGGGGGUCUUGCCAAAUGAGCAAUGCAUUUCAGGACCAUCUAGUGGGUUGGCAAGAAGCCUCUCUCCGCCAUCCUUCACCAAGCCUGCCCCCUCGAUGCAAGAGUCAGCUACCUGGAAGUGGCGGAACCCUUUGCACAUGUCUUGUUACUCCUAAAGAGAAGUCACCAGGUUGUGCCAUGAUGCUUCCAGAGUAUAUUCCUGGGCAGUAUCCCCUGUCAGAUGGAACAGGGAGAGGGUGUGCUGGCUGCAAGGCCUGCCCUCUAGUUAAAUGGCUUAUCCUCGUGAUGUAGAGGGCCUGGGACUCCAGAUUUGCUCAGUAUGGCUCUCAGGUAUCACCUCCCUUGCUGUGCUGGUUGCAUUUGAGAUGUCUUCCCUUCCUCUGCUUUCCCCGUUCCUCUGCUUUCCUCCUUGCCAAUCCAUCCUUUUCCGCUUUCCACACUCUUGCCAAUCUAUCCAUUGCCGCCUCUUAUGCCCCCGUUUUAUCCUUACGUUUGGUACCUGAUAGGUUGUGUGUGAACUGGAAGUCGUGUCACUUCUGGCUGCAUCGAUUCCAACGGCAGCCCACACCAGCUUGCAAGUUUGUGGUCAGGGCCUGGGUUUAUGGAGGAAAAAGUGUGAGAAUUCUGCGUCCAAGGCUUCAUUGCAUCAAGACCACUGUUCCUCCAUAGGGGGUUCUCUGUGCUAAGCACCUGUCAGUCCAAACCAUGCCUCCCCUUUCCUCCUUCCAUUCUGCUUUAAAUGACUGAAAUAACCCUUUUAAUUUCUAACCUCGUUGGUGGAACGCAACCUGCCCGCCUGCAGAAGCUGCCGCAACAUCUUACAACGCUGCUCUGAGUGGUUGAUCAGGUUUGCAGGAAGACCACUGCUGCACUCGCUAAAGGUUUACUAAUCCAUAUACGUAGCCAUGCCCUCCUUUGAACUGUUUAAUGGCUUCCGCAAAGCAGGAGUCAGCUUUCCAAGACGAGGCUGAAACCCCAAUCUAGCAUGUCUGUGGGAUUUUCACAGCUGACUUCAGUGGAGUCACCUGCUUCAGAGAUGUGCAGUGUUUACUCCCUUGAUCCUCGGCAGUGAGCUGAGAAGCAAACAAAGACUAGAGCAUUUUCUUCCUUUGCAGUGGAAAAUGGAGCAUUUCCUUUGGCCGCUGCCACUGAGAAGGGUUUUUAACCACUGCUUGUACCACACCCUAACCAAAAGUGCCUUAAGUAACGCUGCAAAGACGGAACACCUGAACCCUUGUGAUAUCUUUGUUGUCUCUGUGUAGAGCGGGGAUGUGGGGGGAAAACAUGUGGAUCUGCAGAUGUUUUGGGAUGCCCACCUCCCAGAUGUGGCCACCCUCACCUUCCUCCACCUGAGCAUGGAUGUUGCAGAUAAUCAGCAUACCAGUUGCUCACGAGGAUGCUCAGGCAUCUGGACAAAGCCAGCAUCUGAGGAGUACCCACAAUUUGCAGAGAAAUUGAUCAUGGUGUUGCAUUUGCAAGCACGUACACAUCUGCGUGCGGAAAAGCACUCAGGCAAUAUGUAUUAUAUUUUCAAAAUGAAAUAUUGAGCUGGGUCUCCCCUUGCCAAAUUGCAAUAGAUCUCUGUGUGGUUGAAAUCAAACCUCUGUUUCAGGCAUGGGGGACCUAUAGCUCUCAUUGCCGGACUAUAAUUUCCAUCAUGCUUGACCACUGACCAUGAUGGCUGGACAGGCCAUCUGGGAGUCCUACAAUAAAUGGAUGUCCACGGUUGCUUGCCCCUGCUCCAUUUGGUCCUGAGAGUCUAGAGAAUGCAAAUGUCAGAUACAGGGAGAGACCAGUUUGCCUCAGGAACUGAGGUCAAGGGUAGUGUCCUUGCCAUACUAUGGGUAAGCCAAAAUCGUGGUCAAAAUUAAGAUGAAAUGGGAUUCAUUUUGGAGGAAGAGAGUCUCUUCACCAACAUAAGAAGGGGGGUUGUAAAUGUAGGUGUUGCCAACUCCCCUUUUCCAAUCGGAGGCUGUGGUUUUAGCAGUUGUGUGGCAGGCAGAAAUUUGACAGGUGCAGUCCUCCCCAAAAUGAUGGGGAGCGCGAACACUGUUGAAUUCCUGUUGUGCGGCUGCUGAAAGUAUGCCUUGGAAAAGGAGGCAACCCUAGCUAACUUGUCGACAAGCAGUUACUUGGAGGAGGGAAAAUUACAUAUGUAAUCAAGGAAACAGUAAAAUAAAAGUCAAUUGCUUUCCCAUCAGGCAAGGGCUCUUUCAUCUCAGGGAGCAGAACACAGAACAGGGACAACAUCUGGGCUCCAUUUCCAAUUUGGGGUAGAAGGAAAUCAGUAUCCCAGGGAUGAAGCAGGGCUAAAUCUGUGCCGGGAUUCACCAGGUCUGAGCACCUACCUUCAGUGAAAGCUGAUGGCUCAGCCUAUAUUUUGAAGGGAUGACGGAGCAGGCAUUAACAUCAUGCCAAAUCUGUGGGUCAUGAAGUGAGGGCUUCAUGGAAGAGAAGGCUUUCAGUGGCUACUAACCAUGAUGGCUGUCCUCUGCUUCCACAGUUGAUGGCUUCUAAAUACCAGCUCCUGGAAAACGCAGGAGGGGAGAGGGCUCUUGGCCUCGAAUCCCGCUUACAGGUUUCCCACAGGUCAAGCCAUUGUGAGAACAGGAUUGUGGAUUAGAUGGGCCAUUGGCCUGACGCAACAGACUCUCCUUAUGUUAUGUUCUUAUCCAUUGCCGGCAUGGAAGUCUUCCAGUUUCUUUCUUUCUUCUCUUAAUAUCACUCCUGGGUUACUGGGGAGAAAAACAUUGGGGGCUGCCCAGAGGAGCUGCAGCUACAAGUCUCUCCACAACCAACAAAAAAAUCCCCAUACCUCUGCAAUUUGCUGAUUUUAGCACUCUUUCAAAUUCAAAACUCAAGCAGACGGUUCUAGUUUCGGAGCCUUUUGGCUGAGCACCAGCGGAAAUUGUAGUGCUGAGAAGCAGGAGGGCAGCGUUUCAUGGUGGCUUCCCCAUACUGAAAUAGUUGUGCGAAUCAGCUGCCAUCGGGUUGUUUUCUUGCUUAAACUUUGAUAUAAGGAGCUCUAGAGAUUUGAACAGAUUGCCCCUGAGCACACACAGAGUGCACUCCCUGCUCCUCUUUGUUGCCACUGAGAAGCCCCUGUAGUUUCUCAUUCAGGUGUUAGGAAGAAAGGCUUACAAUUCUGGAUGCGGUGGGUGCAGGUAUAUCUGAAUCUCUGCUCUUUUUCCAAAAGUGUUAGGAGGAUGGGUGGGAAUAAA